AUGCGCUGCAAAGGAGCGGUGGAGCGCGUUGCAGCCUCGAUCCGGCCUUCCAGCUUCUGGUGCACACUUCUGGAUUGCCUCGGGAUUUUCGGCAACAACGGUCAGCGGUUCCACAUCUCACGUCUGGGACGUCAUCCGGCUUCUGCCUCGGACGAUUACUCCGUUUUCAAGUGGAGCACCUUUCAGUCCACACACCCACUCUCCCACACCACUGGACAGCAGUUUUACCAGGAUGUUCCCCACACCUCUUACCCGGACUCAGACCCCUCGCCGCUAACUGGGGAGCAGCUAUGCUCCUGGGCCCCUGCAGCUCCCAGGUCCUCCGCUCGACGGUACUCGGGCAGAGCCACCUGCGACUGCCCGAACUGCCAAGAGGCGGAGAGACUGGGGCCAGCGGGCGCCAGCCUGCGGCGGAAAGGCCUACACAGCUGUCACAUCCCUGGCUGUGGGAAGGUGUACGGCAAAACUUCGCACCUGAAGGCACACCUGCGGUGUGCAACACGGCUCCAGAGGCACUUGCGCACGCACACCGGCGAGAAGCGCUUUGCAUGUCCGGUGUGCAACAAGAGGUUCAUGCGCAGCGACCACCUGAGCAAGCACGUAAAAACUCAUAGCGCCGGGGGGUCCGCUGGCUCCGGCUCCGGGGGCAGCGGGGGAAAGAGGGGUAGCGACACCGAUAGCGAGCACAGCGCGCCGGGGAGCCCUCCGUGCCAUUCCCCCGACUUGUUGCACCCACCUGAAUCCACCCAGGGAGUGGGCAUGAAUGGCCUCUAAAAAACUACAUCAUGUUAGGUAAAAUAAAAUUGAAGAAGAAGAAGAAGAAAAAAAAUCCAAACGAGUGGACAUACUUCAGUGUAUGCGAUCAGCUCCAUCCUAACUGUUGUCAAUUAAGUGUUUAAGUCUGCAAACUGCGUCAUUUCAGCUGUGCCAUCAAAAACGUCAAAAUUAGUGACUUCAGGCGUGAAAGAGAAAAUAUUCUCUUUUAUUUCUCAGUAUGCCUUGAAACGCUUUGAAAUAUGGAGGCCUUGGAAAAGUUGCGCUCCUGCUGUCAAAACUGUCCUAAAAAACCCCAAACACUGGCACUUUAAUAUCGAGCAAAAAUGUGUGUGUGUGUGU